GUUUUUUUGUACUCGUUCUUCGUGCACUGCUUUGGCGAAUAGAAGGCAACCGCUGCUUAUUCCCGUAAUUCCAAAGUAUUAAAGAAAGGGUUAAGAUGACGGACGGCAUGGCACUUACAUCCGGCGGAAAGACUUUCCGAUUAGCUCUUAACGAAAAGUUAAACUCACAGGAUGAGUUGAAAGCGAAAUUGGAACUGAACGAGACUCCUGAAAAGAAAGAAGCUGGGCUGCGUACUCUCAAGGAUAUGCUGGAAGGUGUUCCGAAUUUGAACCCUUGUACGGAUGAUGAUUACUUGCUUCUUUUCCUGAGGGCUCGAAAAUUCGAUUGCGACAGUGCAUUCAACCUCCUCCAGAACUUCUACACCAUACGCUCAAAGUAUCCUGAUCUCUUACAGCCCAUAUCGAAAAUAGAACCGUUGUUAAGAAAGGGGGCUUACUGUGUCCUACCAUACAGGGAUGAAGAAGGACGGGCUAUUAAUGUCACAAGUAUUUCUGCCUGGGACCCAGAUGUAUAUUCAUUCUGGGAUGUAUUAGCUGCCCUAUUAAUCGCAGCAGCGAGCACCGUAUACGAUCCAGUAACUCAGAUUAAUGGUUUUAUCUUUAUCUGCGAUGUUCAAGGAUUCAGCAAGAAACAUUUCUUGGAGAUGAGUUCACUAAAGAAACUCUCGGUAUUUUCUAGUAUAAUGAACGAUUAUAACCCUAUUCGGCUAAAAAAAAUUCUUGUUGUCAAUACUCCGCAGCUAGUGGAAUCGUUCUGUAUGUUAAUGAAACCCUUGCUGUCUCAAAAGCUCGGAGAUAGAGUCCAAUUGAUUGGAUCUGACAUGAAUGAGCUGCAUCAGUUUUUAGACCCAGCUAUUCUUCCACAGGAAUAUGGCGGAAAACUGCCGUCACUUGAUUUCCAUAAAUUUUCUCGGAUUGUUCAUGACCGUGAAGAAUAUAUAAACUACAUACGGCAGUUUGAUUUCACAAAAACCGAAAAAACAGAAAAAUACACUAAAAUGGAUGAAGCUGAUAUUUGGUAACUCAAAUUCAAAGAAAGAAAAAAUCAUGAAGAUUUUACAGGAGAGCUACAACAUUACAUAUGGCAUACAAAGGCGGCUGGUGCACAAAAAAAGUGGGGGUUUAAAAAAGUUGUGAAAGGGUAGGGGGCAGAGCCCCAAAAGCUUUUCUUUUCUGUAGAAUUGGGCUACAGUUUUGAAUUUUAACAUUAAUGAUUAAAUGGUUUCUAAAAAUGUGGAACAUGUUCUCAAAAUUCAAUUUCAAAGUUCCAUUCGCAUGAAACAACACAAGAAAAUUCCAGCAUUUCAAAUUUUUAGGAAUCGACUGAUGCAUUGGCGCCAAUGCUUCAAAAAUGUAGCCAUCGGCAUCGGCGGCCGAUGUCUACAGCAU